AUGGCAAGUGACAAGCAUUUGGUUUUAUCUGCUAUUCUGGGUAGUGGAAAAUCAAGCUUCCUUCAGGUUAAUCUCACCACAGCUUCUUUCAUUGUUACGGUGUUUGAGACCAUUGUAAAGAUAGGAGUGCUAGUGGACAUGGGGAAAGAGCAGGCGAAGCGUGUCAUUCGUAAUGAAAAGAAAGAUACCACUAUUUUGCCUCUUUGUUGGACCGCCGACUCGAACACAUUGGUCUCUGACCAGGACUAG